UUUCAGAUGUGGUGAAGAGCCUGUAUUUUCCCCUGUGCAGUAUAUAGUGCCUUAAAAAUGGGGUUUGGAGGUGACCUGAAGUAUUCUCAUGAUGCUUUAUUAAAACUGCAAGACUGGGAGCUACGGCUGCUGGAAACAGUGAAGAAAUUUAUGGUCAUGCGAGUAAAAAGUGAUAAAGAGUAUGCCUCCACUUUACAGAAUCUUUGUAAUCAAGUAGAUAAAGAGAGCACUUGUCAAUUGGAUUAUAUCAGCAGUGUGUCCAAGUCUUGGUUGCUCAUGGUACAGCAAACAGAACAGCUGAGCAAAAUAAUGAAGACACAUGCAGAAGAUCUUAAUUCUGGGCCUUUGCAUAGGCUUACAAUGAUGAUCAAAGAUAAGCAGCAAGUUAAGAAGAGUUACAUAGGUGUUCAUCAACAAAUUGAAGCAGAGAUGUACAAGGUCACAAAGACAGAACUAGAGAAACUAAAAUCUAGCUAUAGACAACUAAUAAAGGAAGUAAAUUCUGCCAAAGAAAAGUAUAAAGAAGCUGUGGCUAAAGGAAAGGAGACUGAGAAAGCCAAAGAUCGGUGUGAUAAAGCCACGAUGAAGCUUCAUAUGUUGCAUAAUCAGUAUGUGUUGGCACUGAAAGGAGCACAGUUACAUCAGCACCAGUAUUAUGAUACUACACUUCCUCUGUUACUUGAUUCACUGCAGAAGAUGCAAGAAGAAAUGAUUAAAGCUCUGUAAGAUGUAUUUUUGUAUAUUUUUAGCUUGUGAAAUUUUGUAUGUGUAGUAUUCUAAUUAAUUUAUAGGGUUAUU